AUGCAAUCAUGGGUUCGGCCUCAGGACCAUCCCAUCCGCGAUCUAAUCGCUCUCCUCGUUGUCUGGAAGGCUCUCCUUUUGCUUCUCUCGAUUUGCAGCCCGGGUGUUGGCUAUGAUACCUCGACGAGCCUCUUCUAUACAGAACAUGACCAUGACCAUGGCGAACAGCUGCCAUUGGCUCUUCGCUAUAUUGUGGGCAAGCUGACGAGAUGGGAUGGCAUUUACUUUGUGAAAAUAUCCCGCCGUGGUUAUCUGUUUGAGCAAGAAUGGGCUUUUGGAUGGGGAUUUACGCGAGUCAUUGCUUUGUGCUCACAUGUGUUAAGAAAUUUUGGUGUGCCAGAUUAUGUUGGUCUGGAAGGAUUGGUCGCCAUAUGCAUCGCUCAUCUCUCCCACUUCCUCUCAGUCAUUGCCGUAUUUAGCCUCACCCGAGCAUUGUUUUCCAACUACUCUGUCACGUUCGCCUUCAAAGCAGCUCUAUUCCACAUCAUCUCGCCUGCCGGACUCUUCCUGUCUUCUCCUUAUGCUGAGAGCUCAUGCGCGUUGCUGAGCUUCAUUGGGUGUUUGCUGUUUACUAAUAGCAUUGUUCACCAUGGGCCAAACUCUGCAUCUCACGACGCAUUGGUUCUGCUCUCUGGCAUCUGCUUCGGACUCGCUACAACUUUUCGAAGCAAUGGAAUACUGAACGGCUUGCUUUUGCUUGAAGAAGCGUUCAGAACGCUGCUAGCACUGAAAAAUGGACUGCAAAUAUCCGUGAUUCGUCGUUUACUCGCUACAGGCUUGGGAGGCAUGUGUGUUGGCGCUGGCUUUCUAGUACCACAGUUCAUUGCAUAUCGUGAGUAUUGUGGAGGAACAACCCCGGAUAUGCGACCCUGGUGCCAAAGAGCAAUACCCAGCAUAUAUACCUUUGUUCAAGACUACUACUGGAAUUGCGGCUUUCUGCGGUAUUGGACUGUCUCAAAUCUGCCAUUGUUCCUUCUUGCCGCCCCGAUGUUUCUCAUCCUGACCAAAUCUGGCCUAUGGGCUCUGAGCUUCAACUUCUCCGAGAGACAAGACCAAAUUGACAAAGGUCAAAAGACUGGUGAAGGAGUUGCUGCACAGCAGGUGUUACGGAAUCUAGCAGCCACUCAACUCGCACUAGUCGUACUCACGUUGUCCACUGCUCAUGUCCAAAUCAUUACGAGGAUAUCUUCGGCCUUUCCUGUUUGGUUGUGGUAUGGUGUAUUGGCUUCUCAGGAUGGAAAGACUGUGCUAGUGAAUGGCUUUGUGCGAUUCAUGGUAAUAUAUGCAUUGGUACAAGCAGGAUUAUAUGCUUCGUUCCUUCCCCCGGCAUAG